AUGGCGGGAUCCUUCACAAAAAAGAAAAUAAUGUGGCGCGGCCGCACCCCAGGCGCAGGGUCCUCGUCCCAGGACCCCAUUUUUGAGGGGUUCGCCAACCGCAGCCGAAUGGCUCGCGACGCUGAGCACGCGAAGCGGUACGUGAAGCGGCUAGCCGCCUCCUUCAGCAGCUGCUCUGUCGAGGCGUCCGCCUAUGGUGCUUGCCUCAAGGGUCACAUGGAGGCGGUCGAGCGCGGCGCUUGCGAGGCGGAGUUCCGAGCGCUUUCCAAGUGCUUCCGCGCGGCAAUCGCUAAGCAGCGUUCAUAG